UGAGCGGACAAAGAUGUAAAUAAAAACAGUCGUCCCCCAGCUGAGCGAGGCGUUCUUCAUCAGAGUUUUUGGAUCAAUCAGGCAGACAGUGGCUCCUUUUGAUUAAACCCCAAAUUGUCAUUGGGCAGAGGUAAUCAUGUGACAGGCAAUUCGGUCCAAUUUCAACCUUGUCUCCAUGAAUUCAAUAGUUUAAUAGUAGCUCGGUCCCCAUACGGCCGUAAUCAGUGAUAUAGAAAAAACACCACCAGGAGAUUUUUUAAUGAUUUUUUCUUUCUCGUCCUCACUGAGCCGCAACAUUUAUAAAAAUACGCGUGCAAACUUUCCUCGGCUCUCAGGGAGCGGAGAUGAAUUACGAAUUCGAGCGAGAGAGCGGUUUUAUCAAUAGUCAGCCGUCGCUUGCUGAGUGCCUGACAUCUUUCCCCCCUGUCGCUGAUUCAUUUCAAAGUUCAUCAAUCAAGAGCUCGACGCUUUCACGCCCGACACUGAUUCCUCCUCCCUUUGAGCAGACCAUUCCCAGCCUGAAUCCGGGCAGCCAUCCGCGGCACGGCCGGCCCAGACACAGCCCCGACGGAUGCAGCCCGCUGCCCACAGCCUCCUUACCCCCGGAGUACCCCUGGAUGCGGGAGAAGAAAGCCUCUAAGAGGAACCACCUGCCGACCUCCACCGCUACCACCAUAUCCAAUGGACCUGUGUGCUUUUCUCCAAAAGGCUCGCCUGAGAUUGUUGAGAGUGGAGGGGGAGGAGGGGGCUCCCGGCGGCUGAGGACAGCGUACACCAACACGCAGCUGCUGGAGCUGGAGAAAGAGUUCCACUUCAACAAGUAUCUGUGCCGGCCGAGGAGAGUGGAGAUAGCGGCCCUGCUGGAUCUGACAGAGAGGCAGGUUAAAGUCUGGUUCCAAAAUCGGCGCAUGAAGCACAAGCGGCAGACCCAGAGCAAGGAGAACCACAACGGGGAGGGGAAAGGGCCGGGCACCGAGGACGGCAUCCAGAGCGAAGAAGAGGACGAGGGCCCCCUGUACGAGCGGAGCGGGGCCCUGCUGGAAAGAGAUACCUGCUCCUUUCAGAAUAACUCCACACAGCAGCUCCACAAUGGCGAGUCCAUGAGCUUUGCUGCUGCGCCGCUGAACAGCAAUGACAAAAAUCUGAAACAUUUUCCCAACCCGUCACCCACUGUUCCGGGCUGCAUGUCAACAAUGGGCCCAGGCUCGGCAUCUGGCCCGGACAAUGGCGACAGUCCCCCGGCCCUGGAUGUUUCUAUACACGAUUUUCAACCUUUCUCCUCGGAUUCCUGCCUACAGCUCUCCGAUGCAGCCUCGCCGAGCUUAUCAGAGUCUCUGGACAGCCCCGUGGACAUUUCUACGGACAGUUUCUAUUUUUUCUCGGAGUCUCUAACUACAAUCGACCUGCAGCAUCUGAACUAUUAACUGAAAUCAAUCACAAUAGCUUUCUUUUUUCUCCUCUUCUUCCGGGACAAUAAAUAUCAGGCUAUUAACACUGAUGUUAUUUGUAUAUUCGGCACAUUUAUUCUGUUGAUAUUUGACUUGACGAUUAAUACAAGGUAAGGAUGAAAUGAAAUCACUGAAAUAGCUCUACUCAAACGUGGCUUGUAAUUACCAUAACAAAUUGAUCUCUUGGAAUGGAAAUUAUGAGUGUUUGUGAAUAAUUAUACA